GAAAAUUGUUCAUUUGUGGCAGUUGGAACGUUUAAAAGUUUGAUUAAUGAAUUGUUCUUCAGAUUAUUGAUAGAAUCUUACUUAAACAGGGCAGAAAAGAUCAAAUCUUUCUAGUACAUUUGUUGUCUACCCGUUUAUCUGUCUUAUACUUGGGGAUAAAAUAUUAAAUUGGGGAGGCUUCUCCUGCUGGAUGACCAGGGAACAAAAUGGACAAUAAUUUUCUUCCUCUUCGUCUUAUUGGAAAGCAUCUUCUUGUUUUUCCUCUUCUUCAUAUCCUUUUUAUCUCGCAUGCUUAUCUUUUGUGAUUGCAGCUCUAUAGAAAAGGAAUCAAGGUGACUGUUGUAUGUCCUGGACCGAUAAAAAUGUCAAGUGUUCCUGAAGCGAGCACCUCUGGCCAAAAGGGCUUUUCUGAGAAGCGUGUGUCAUCAGAGAGAUGUGCAGAGUUGACAAUUAUUGCUGCAACCCAUGGACUAAAGGAAGUCUGGAUAUCAUAUCAGGACACCAUUGCAGCGAGUUUGGGGAGUACUUUGGUCAAACGGCAAAUUUGGGUUCAAAGGUGGGCAUUGAGGCCUGUACUUGCAGUUAUGUACUUGGUGCAGUACAUGCCAACCAUUGGCUUUUGGCUUAUGGACAAGGUAUUAUCUAUGCUCCCAUCAUUAAAACAUUUGCCUUGUUCUAGAUGUGCAAUCAUCACACAAAAGCCUUAAUAAUGUAUGACAUAUUAGGAAAUUAGGGCCUAAGGUUGUAUACAAUGAGAUUUGUGGUGGAUUUAUGGCUAGUAGAGCUUCUAUGGUUGGGGUUUGAAUUGGUAGAUGAAAGGUUUGAUGGUUCACAGAAGGGGAAAGGUUUAAAAUGGUUCAAUCUUCCGAGUUGGAAGUUGCUGGAUUUUCAAAUAAAGGGCUUAUUGUUUGUUAAAUCGGAGGCCAAUAGGACUGGGCAGUUGGCCUAGUAGUCCAUGUAGCUGUCCCUUUGGACAGUGAGAAGGUUAGAUGUUCAGGGUUUGAGUCCAUGGAGCGACGGCGGCCCUUUUGUUAUAAUCUAACUCAUUAACCCCCUAACAUCCUAUCAUAUGGCAAAAAAAAAAAGAGAAAUUUUGAGGCCAAUAGGUAGGGGAAAAGUUUGGACUUGAUUUGGGAGAGUUUUGAGCUGAAAUCAAGGCUGUUUCGAGGCUGUGAAUUUGUAACCCGAGAACAGUGUCUUGAAUCUCUUGAUUGUUGCUCAGAGAAUAAAGAAAAGAAGGAAAGAAAGUGAAAAAUGGUGAGGGCUUUCCCUCCCAAGGGUUAAAACAAAAUCUCAUAUAAGAACAAUACGAAAAUCUCCAAAAUUCAAUUCUUCAUUGAAAGGAAAGAUCAGUUGCACAUAUGUAUGAACUUAUACUAAUAGGACUAGAACUUCAAAUUAGGAAACUAAUAGACUUUGAUUAUUUAGGAUAUUCUAGACCUAUUAUAGACCUUGCAGAUAUAUAUGAGCUAUACUAAUAGGACUAGUUGCAAGUGUGUGCAUUCAAAGCUUGUUUGGUUGAAUCUUUGAAGAUAGGUUCCUAUCUGAAUGAACCUUUUCCAGUGACUGGUUCCAACUACAUAAAUGAAACUCAAGGUGAUUGGCUUGUUUAAACUGAAAAUUUUAAUAU